UGCUGUGCUCUGGGCCUGGUGUCCAGGCACCACAGCCUCCGCCGACUACCCUUCCCCGACGCGGCCCGGCCCGGCCCCGGCCCCGGCCCCGGCCCCAUGUACCGCGCGCUGUAUGCGUUCCGCUCCGCGGAGCCCAACGCCAUGGCGUUCGCUGCGGGUGAGACCUUCUUGGUGCUGGAGCGCAGUAGCGCGCACUGGUGGUUAGCGGCGCGGGCGCGCAGUGGCGAGACCGGCUACGUGCCGCCUGCCUACCUGCAUCGCCUGCAGGGUGUGGAGCAGGAUGUCCUUCAAGCCAUUGACCGGGCCAUUGAGGCUGUGCACAACACAGCCAUGCGGGAUGGUGGUAAAUACAGCCUGGAACAGCGUGGAGUCCUCCAGAAACUGAUUCAUCACCGGAAAGAGACCCUGUCUCGCAGAGGCCCCUCAGCCUCCAGUGUUGCAGUUAUAACCCCAUCCACCAGUGACCACCAUUUGGAUGCUGCUGCCUGUAGACAGCCCAAUGGAGUGUGUCGAACUGGCUUUGAACGGCAGCAUAGCCUUCCUAGUUCUGAGCAUCUGGGGGGAGAUGGAAGCCUCUACCAGAUCCCACCGCAGCCCCGCCGAGCAGCACCUGCCACUCCACCCCCACCAGUGAAACACCGAGAUCGUGAGGCCCUGGUGAUCUCAGGGAGUGGUGGCUGCACCACAAUGCCCUCUGGGGGUAGUUCUGUGUCCAGUGGCUCCUCAGUCAGCAGUACCUCCAUGGACACACUCUAUACUGGCUCCAGCCCCUCUGAGCUGGGCCCCAGCUGCUCACCCACACCCCCACCUGUGCCUCGCCGGGGUGCUCACACUACUGUGUCCCAAGCCCAACCCUCUGCCUCCAAGGCUCCAUCCCCAGAGCCCCCUGCAGAGGAGGUGGUACCUGAUACAAACUCAACCCCUGAGGACCUUACUCUGGAUGCUCUGAGCCUGGAGACCACAGAGGGGAAAGCAGCUGCUGAGACAGUUGUGCCAAGGACCAUUGGGGCAGAGCUGAUGGAGCUUGUGCGGAGAAACACCGGCCUAAGCCAUGAAUUAUGUCGUGUGGCCAUCGGCAUCAUUGUGGGUCACAUCCAGGCCUCUGUACCAGCCAGCUCACCUGUGAUGGAGCAGGUCCUCCUCUCGCUGGUAGAGGGCAAGGACCUGAGCACAGCCCUGCCCUCAGGGCAGGUUUGCCAUGACCAGCAGAGACUUGAGGUGAUCUUUGCAGACCUGGCUCGAAGGAAGGAUGAUGCCCAGCAGCGCAGCUGGGCCCUGUAUGAGGACGAGGCUGUCAUCCGCUGCUAUCUGGAGGAGCUGCUGCAUAUUCUGACUGAUGCAGACCCUGAAGUUUGCAAAAAAAUGUGCAAGAAGAAUGAGUUCAAGUCUGUCCUGGCUUUGGUGGCCUAUUACCAAAUGGAACACCGAGCAUCGCUGCGGCUGCUGCUCCUCAAGGGCUUCGGUGCCAUGUGCAGCCUAGACGCAGCCAUCAUCUCCACACUUGUGUCAUCUGUGCUGCCUGUGGAGUUGGCACGGGACAUGCAGACUGACACACAGGACCACCAGAAGCUUUGUUACUCUGCUCUCAUCCUGGCCAUGGUCUUCUCCAUGGGAGAGGUGGUGCCCUACGCACACUAUGAGCAUCUGGGUACACCCUUUGCCCAGUUCCUGCUAAGCAUCGUUGAGGACGGGCUUCCCUUGGACACCACAGAGCAACUGCCGGACCUCUGCGUGAAUGUGCUUCUUGCUCUCAACCUGCACCUGACAGCGCCUGACCAGAAUGUCAUCAUGGCCGCCCUGAGCAAACACACCAAUGUCAAGAUCUUCUCUGAGAAGCUUCUGUUGCUUCUGAACAGAGGGGAUGACCCUGUUCGUAUCUUCAAACAUGAGCCACAGCCUCCACACUCUGUCCUCAAGUUCCUGCAGGAUGUGUUCAGCAGCCCAGCCACAGCUGCCAUCUUCUACCACACAGACAUGAUGGCACUCAUUGACAUCACUGUGCGGCAGAUUGCAGAUCUGUCACCUGGAGACAAGCUACGCAUGGAGUACCUCUCCCUGAUGCAUGCUGUGGUCCGCUCCACACCCUACCUGCAGCACCGCCAUCGGCUGUCAGACCUGCAGGCUACACUGCGGCGCAUCCUAACCGAGGAAGAGGCCUCACUUCAGUGCCAGAUGGACCGCAUGAUUGUGCAAGAGAUGUACAAGGAAUUCCCGGAGCUGGGAGAGGUCCCCAGCUAACACCUUUCUUUCUCCCUUCCCUGUAGCCCUGGUCAGGGUGCAGGGGACUCGGGCUUUGCCCUAAGAAUGUUUUGCACUGACAUUGUGAGGGCAUAAGGGAUUAAGAAGGGACCUGAGCUGGGCCCCUGCUUGAAGUAGAGUUAAUGUAAGGGGCCAAGUAUAGGAUUGGGGACCAUUAUCUGGGAACUCUGGGGCAGAGGAAAUGUGCAAGCUGAAGACCCUCUAUUUGCUGGUAGGCUGCCUCUUCAGCAUGCCACCCCCCAUACCCAUGUGCACACCCAGAGUCCUGCUGCUACUGCAGGCUGGGCCACAGCUGCCCCCACCCACUGCCUGGUCUGAGUCCUAAGCCUCAGCAAGCCAUGUCCUUGGAGUGAGGGGAGUCACUUCCCACCAACUCUGUUCUUUGCCUUAGCUUUGCAGUCCGAGUUGCCCAUAUGCAACCCCCAGCCCCCAUAGGGAUCGCUCUUCCCCACACCCCUGCUUUCAUCUCCAGAGGCCUUGGCCAGGCUGCUGCCUUGAAAGCAGGAUCUUAAGAGACAAAGGCCAUCCAUCCUGGAGCUUCAUAGAACAGGUUGAUGUUGCUGAGAAAGCCAAUGACAGAAUCUAUUUUCUCUGAAGAAAAAAAAAAAAAAAGACUGAAAAGCCAUUUGUAUUUUCCUAUGUGUUACAGCUCACCUUUGGAAAUAAAUUACAGGCAUCUGGAA